GGAAGACAAAAAGAAAAGCCAGAGGGGGAGGGAAAAACGGUUUCAUCUUGGAACCACCAGAGGCGUAAACUCAACAUACUGGGAAAUCAGGUGCCAGGCUGUGUGACUAUGAGCAACACAUCAGGGCUUCAAGCCAGCGACGGGCAGAACGCAAAAGAGCUCGACAGCAUGAAGGAAUCCAUCAGCGACAUCAUCAACCAGCUCCAGGACAUCGACCCCGCCAGGCUCUCCUUCUCCCCUUUCCUGGACCUGGACACUCAGAUCUGCAUGGCGCCCGUGUCAGACAGCCCAGAGUCCUCCGUGGAGGAGCUCCACUCGGCCUCCCACUCGCCCUCUGGCUCCCAGCGCUCCCUGGAGCCUCCACCGUUGGCUGAGGAGCCAAAGAACUCGGCCUCCUGCCUCCAGCCGCCUGACAGUGGCCUCCACGAGGAACAAACGAGAGCCGGCCACACUGAGGAGGGAGCGCUGGAUCAAACUCUUUCCACUCCGAUCACCACAGAGCACAAUUUGGCCGUCGCCACGGAAAACUGCAUCAGCACUCCAGCCCUCAUGUCUCAGGGAGACAUCCCCAACGGCACAGACACAGCGAAAUGGAGUCCAGAAUCAACUCAUCUGGACUGUACUGUGGAUGAGGUCCGAUCCCUAAUCGGUCCGUCGCCGGACAGCGUGGAGCUGACAGUGUGGAGCCCAGAAGGCCUGCUUGACGCUCACGAGGGCGCACCCGAGAUGUCCCCCGGUGGUCGGUGCUGCAUGUGUAAAUGCUGCCAGAGCGGCAGAGUUCCCGCCUUCCUCUCAGUGCUGGCCUCUUUUCUGUGCGCAUCCGCGAUUAUCUACGUACUCGAUUCCUACGUCCCCAUUAAACCUCCUGACUGCCGCGACGUGACCAGCCGGCUCGUCUUCACCCUCUGCUGCUGUGUGGUGGCUGCGCUCCCCAUCUUACUUGCGAUGGUCUUAGGCGCAGUGUGCCGCUUCUGUAGCGCCUCAUUCAGUUUGCAGGAGUCACCUCCCAGAAGACACACAAUUCAGCAGAUGUUUGCCACUGCAUCCCUGGAGUUAUUAUUCCUCUACGUCCUCAAUCUCAUCGUCAUGGCGGCCUUAAGUCCUCAGCAGGACCUCAAGGCGAUACCAAUACUGGUCGCCAUGUUCAUUCUGGGAAGGCUUGUUUACUGGGUCAGCCUGAACGUGUGCAGCUCCUGGCGAGGCUUCGGUUCCGGUCUGACCAUCUUCCCACUUAUCGCCAUGGUGGCAAACAAUGUGUUCCUCCUGUACAAAUUGACCUACAAAGAGACACUCUUGCCCUCCGAUGAUGUCGUCUUUAACCCUUAGAUGCAUCAGUGACUGGACACUACACUUUUCCAUAAGUGGGUC